CUCAGCAACUCCCUUCACAUGAGCAAGGAGCAGCAGCUCUGCUCCAUCACUCACACCUGAAGCGGCUACAUCAGCUUUAACUGAAGAAUCAACACUUAUUGUUAUUAAAUUAAUGUCAAGUCUGUAGAGGAUCAGAGAAAAAUCAACUGUAACUGAAGGUGUGGUACCAUGUUGGAAUUAAACAAGGUGGCACUCCUGCUGUCUGUCAUGGUUUCAGCUGCUCUGGGCCAAGGACCUUUGAGGACCAGGAGCCCGUCAGACAGGAGCAGGAGAGCGGCCCUCAACACCUUCACUGACACACAGACGACAGGCGUGACAGAGUGGACGUCUUGGUUCAACAUCGACCAUCCUGGGGGGAAUGGAGACUACGAGCGUCUGGAGGCGAUCCGGUUCUAUUACAGGGAGAGGGUUUGUGUUCGGCCCGUGGCCAUGGAGGCCCGCACCACAGACUGGGUUGCAGCAGCAGAGACAGGGGAAGUGGUCCACUCCAGUCUGGAGAAGGGCUUCUGGUGCAUCAACAGAGAACAGCCUCAGGGCCGCGUCUGCUCCAACUACCAUGUCCGCUUUCAGUGUCACCCAGUGCAGAGCUACUGGACUGACUGGAGUGAGUGGGGUCCCUGUUCAACCACGGUCUGUAACGAUGUCGGCAUCCAGGUCCGCCAGAGGAAAUGUGUGAACACGCAGCCCAUGCCUCUCCUGUUGGUGCCAGCGUGCCAGGGACACCAUUCAGAGAGGAGGGAGUGCUCCAACCCUCCAUGUACAGCCAAGUGGAGCCCGUGGGGUCGAUGGGGGAUGUGUUCAGUGACCUGUGGUGGGGGUCGCAGGAUCAGGAGGAGGACCUGUGCGAGGAGCUCAGUGACGGUUCAGUGUUCUGGACGGCCCGCUGAAAUACAGAAGUGUAGAAGGAGUCCAUGCCCAGCCAAAUGUCAGCUCCGGUGCACUGAGGGCAGCCCCUCUGAGGACUGCAGCCGGUGCUCCUGUGAUAACCACAUACUGCAGGGGGAGGUCCAUAGUGUGACCGGGGCUCCUGUGGCAGAAGCCUUGGUGGCUCUGGCCAGCAAGCCCACAGUGACCCUAGCCCGCACAGACGCCAACGGUCAGUUCAGGGUCACAGGAAUCUGCUCCUCCAGCUCUACCUUGAUGUCCAUCAGGAAGGAUAAGUUUGCUCCGAUCACCGUCUCCACCUCAAGCAACACCACAGGGUUGUCUUCGGUACGAGCAGUCCUCAAAUCAGCUGAAAAGCCAUACAUCGUGAAGCACCCGGAGGAUAAAGUGCGUUAUGAGGGAGGACGGGUGAUGUUGUGCUGCAAGGCAACGGGAUCACCAGCACCUGACAAAUACUACUGGUUCCACAAUGGGACUCUGCUGGACAGGAAGGUGUACAAGUAUGAAGAGGACCUCGUUCUGUGGGACCUAAAGCCAGAGCAGUCUGGGCUGUACUACUGCAAGACCAGCAGCUCUGCAGGCAGCAUCAAGUCCUCUGCAGCCCUCCUCACUGUGAUGGCAAAAGGAAAGCCAGCAUGCAAUUCCACCCCUGAGAGGCACCUCAUCAGACUGCCGAUGGACUGUGUUCAACCGGGGACCGACUCCAUGCACUUCAACGCUGGCCGUUGCCCUCAUAACAAAUGUUCUGGCUCCCUGGACUUUGAUAUGCGCUGCAAAGAUGGAACUGGUUUCUGCUGCGGAGUCCAAAAUAUGGAAAGUCGAAUCAUUGACUGUGGGAGCUACAGCCUCCCAAUCCGGGCUGUGACACAAUGCAGCUGUCAGAAAUGUUUGCAGCCUACUGUAAUAGUCCGUGGCAGAGUGGUCACAGCUGAUAAUGAUGAGCCUCUGCGUUUCGGGCACAUCUACAUUGGUAAAGAGAGGCUGGGCACCACUGGAUUCCAAGGAGGGUUCACUUUGCACAUUAAUCCUGAUACAGAGAGAUUGGUGGUGAAUUUUGUUGACCCCUCUCAGAAUUUCCUUGACACUCCCAAGGUGUUCCUUCUUGAUAAGAAAGGUGGGUCCAUCUACCAUAAUGUGAAGGUGAUGAGAAAGAAGACACCUAUUGAUAUCAAUGCAGGAGAGACCAACUAUAUUAGUCUAGGGGAAAUUGAAGGGGAAGACCCCAUUGGUCAGUUAGUUAUUCCUCCCAACUCCUUCCACAAGGAAAAUGGAGAACUCUAUGAGGGAACUGUAAAAGCCAGCGUCACAUUCAUUGAUCCAAGAAAUAUCACUACGGCAGCCGCAGCCCCCGGCGAUCUAAACUUUGUAGAUGAUGAGGGUGACAUGCUCCCUUUGCGGACCUAUGGCAUGUUCUCUGUGGACUUCAGAGAUGAGACCAACAAGGAGGUACUUGGAACUGGAGCUGUUCAAGUUCUUCUCGAUACGCAGCAUGUCAAAAUGGAAGAACACAUUCCCAAAAUGAAACUGUGGUCUUUAAAUACGGACACAGGAGUCUGGGAAGAGGAGAGUGACUUCUCCUACACCACAACAAGUGCUGGUGGUCAUGGGCGGAGCAAACGAGAGGACCGCACGUUCCUAAUAGGCAACAUGGAGAUCAGAGAACGUAGACUCUUCAAUUUAGACGUGCCAGAAAACCGACGAUGCUAUGUUAAAGUCCGUGCCUACAUGAGUGAUAAGUUCUUAUCUAGUGAACAGCUUGAGGGUGUUGUGAUCACCUUGAUAAAUUUGGAACCCAAACCUGGAUUUUCCUCUAAUCCUAGGGCAUGGGGUCGUUUUGACAGUGUCAUAACUGGAACCAACGGGGCCUGUUUACCAGCUUUCUGUGAUGCCCAAAGGCCUGAUGCUUACACAGCUUAUGUCACAGCAAUGAUGGGUGGGGAAGAACUGGAGGCAGCUCCUUCCUCACCUAAGAUGAAUCCAAACAUCAUUGGAGUGUCUCAGCCAUAUCUGCAUAAAAUAGACUACCAGCGGUCAGAUCAUGAGGAUCCAGCUCUGAAGAAAACAGCUUUCAAAAUCAAUUUGGCAAAGCCUAACCAAAAUAAUUUUGACGAGACCAAUGGGCCAAUAUAUCCAUAUGUGAAUUUAAUCGGUUGUGAAAAUGCCCCUUUCGAUGCAAAUCAUUUCAGAUUCUUUAGAGUGGAAAAGGACAAGUAUGAAUACAAUGUUGUUCCCUUUGAAGAGAAUGAUUUGACGACCUGGACAGGAGACUACCUCUCAUGGUGGCCUAAUCCCCAGGAGUUCAGAGCAUGCUUCAUUAAGGUCAAGAUCCAUGGACAGAAGGAAGUGAUGGUCAGGUCGAAGAAUUCGGGAGGAACACACCGAGAAACUAAAGGCAAACUUUAUGGAAUAAGAGACAUCCGCAGCACCCGGGACAUGCGAGAGGCCAACACCUCAGCAGCCUGUGUAGAGUUCAAAUGCAGCGGCAUGCUGUUUGAUCAAGAUGAGGUAGACAGAUCCAUCAUAACACUCCUCCCACAGGGGAACUGUCGCAGGACGGGCACCAAUGGCCUUCUACAAGAGUAUCUCAUCAAACAUCCACCAGUAGCCCACAACAACGAGUCACAUGGAUUCACCAUGCUAGCCCCUUUUGAUCCUUUGGGACACAACUAUGGCAUCUACACAGUCACAGACCAGAACCCAAGGGUGGCCAAAGAGAUUGCUAUAGGCCGCUGCUUUGAUGGCACCUCAGACGGUUUUUCCAGGGAGAUGAAGUCAGACUCUGGGGUGGCGUUGACCUUCAGCUGUCCAGAGAGGAAAAUUAACAGAGAAAGCCUUUUCCAGCGUCUGCAGACCAACCCGGGUCAGACUCUGUCUCAGAUGGCGAGGGACAUGAGGGAGUCAGCAGGUCUGCAGGUGCAGGGAUUAUCCAGCCAGAUAGUGGCCUAUCCUUCAGAGCAGCGGGGCAGGGCCCAGAGUCGCAGAGUCAGCUCUACAACCAGGAGGAGAGUGUCCACGCAAACACAGCAACGCCAAUAGAUGUUUCAAGGUCUUCUGUCAAGACUCAUGACAAGGAUGACAUCAAAUCAAGGAUGUCGAAGUUGCCCAUCUGUUCAUGAGUAUGAUACUCCUUCAUAACUGUGGAGGCAUAACACUGAAGCAGACAGCAACUAAGCCAAAUGAAUGAGAUCGAUUGAAGAUAUUGUUUAGACUUACCAGUAUACUUACUUGAAGGGAUUGGUAUAUUGUUUCCUCCUCCCUCUUAAAAGACAUGCAAAUAUUUGACUAUGUGUUACGCUGUGACUGGCAUUUACUUAAUAAGCUUUUGUCUGAGUUUAUGUAUGAAGAAAAUAGACUGAAGUUUGGCAUUGUUACUUUUAUAGAUCUCAUUUUUAGCAUUCCAAUUUCUCCAUGGCGUUUUGCUGAUUUCUCUCAAAGCUUGAGUUUAAACCAAACUGAAAAUACUACGUAACGCCCCAAGCACUUCAUGAAUGGCCAUUGCUUUCCAUUUAAAUGUAUUUUCAAGAUCAGAAAGGAACCAACUUGAGGCCCUUGUUGUCUGCAGAAGACACCGAUUCCUUUUUCUACAAACCAGAAAAAAUCUCUCCACCUAAGGGACACAUACAGGCAUGCCACCCAGGGAACAGAGGAUGUUUUCAGUCAUGCUUCUUAAUGUUUUUCACUAGCAUGCUAGAUUGCCAACUGUGAUUCAGUCAAACGUCCUUUCACACCUACUUAAAAUGUGCAAGAACAAGACCAUGGCAAAAACAAGCAUUUAUCUUACUAGAAGCAGGCAGUCUAAAAAAAGCAUAGUUGAUUUAGAGGUAUGACAUAAUGUACAGUAUGUUUGUCCUCUGCACAUUACAAAGUAAAACCAAAGAAAAUGUUACCUAAAUACAUAUUUCCAAAUAUACCAGUUUUCAGAAACCAUUCGAGAGACUUAUUCAGUGUCUAAAGGGAAUUUUGUUGUCAGUUAAUGCGCUUGUGAGCUGCCUUUGCAUCUGUGUGCAAGUGCAAUAACUAUAUAAUUUAACUUGAGCGCUCAAAUUAGCAUGUAACAAACGAGUACAGUACAUAAAGAGUGCUGCAGCUAACUGAAACAAGAACUUAUUUAGUACGUGAGGCAGAUAAUGUGGUAAAGGUGUGUGUAGGAGAUCUUGUACAGGAUUCUUCUGACACAAAAUAAUUUAACUCUCAUGUAAUCAGUCUUCAACGCUCUGAACUGCGCAGGACCUAUUAACCUUUUUUAUACUUUGCUGCAUGGCUCAGAAGAUUAUACAAUUCGUACACUACAGCGAUCUUUUCAACUACAGAGCAAUCUUUCUGGUGGUUAAACUCGGUGAACACUUAUUUUCCUUUACAAGACUUAUUGUAUGAUUCUGACAAUUAAAGAGUGAACACACUUGUGGACUUAAAGGCCAUGUUUUCAUAAAUCCUGUUAAUGAGAUAUAUUGAGACAGAAUAUUAGAUUUAAAUAACACAAAUAAAGCUAUUUACAUUGAGGUUGGUGAUAGGAAGAAAUGUCCCUUUGUCAUAAAAGUGCAAAACUUGUUAAUGCGCAAAAUUGCAACUGCAGACCCAUGGGAAAAGGCUCUUCAAGCUGAACUAAUUGAAGACCAUAUGAGGGGGGGAAUGGUCCAUGGAGAAACCAGGAGAGAUUGAAUAGUAAACAUAAGCCUGCUGUUAAUUAAAAAGUAAAUUACAUAUCCUCUUGAGAACUAUUAAAACAGUUUGAACCUGACUUUCACAAAGAGAAAAACAAGUUAAUUUCCAAUGUACAAAGGAUAGAGUUAAGUCAUCAACAAUAUACUGAGCCCAAGAGGAGUAUGGUCAAACCAUUAACUGUACAGGUAACCAUUUAAGCUGAUUACCUUAUCAUUCCUUAUAUGCAACAGACAUAUUGUUUGUGUGGUGCCAUUGUGAAGUUAAAUGCAAGAAAUUCAAGCCAUACACUAUAUUGUAACCCUACACUUAAACUUGGCCCCAUGUCGAAAAAAACAAUAUUUUUCCAUUAUGAACUAAGAGCAGCACACUCCAGAAAAACACUCAAGAACAGCUUUAAAGGGUGAAAACAUAUGGUACCUUGCCAUUAUCGCUGACCUCUGUAAUCACAGGACUGUGGGCCGUCCACGACUCAGAUCUCCAGAUGAAAACAAACAUUUUCCCGAAGCAGGCAUAGCAUUGACAGCGUACAGAAAAGAUGAUGAUUGAAUCCAGGUGUGGGAAGAGAUAAGUCCUAUAAAAAAAGGAAUGGUUGUGUGAGGUCAGCUGAGGAGGCCCAACAGCUGUAGAGCAACUGGAGGAAAUGUUAGACCAAAGACAUCAAGAGAAAAAAUAACAGCAAGAUUAUCUAGCGAUGGAUUUAAUCAUUUUUAGGAAACUGUUUGGUAAAGGGAAAAAAAGAAAGGAAAAUAUUAGUGGUCUUUGGCCUCCCGGACCAUCACUUACAGAAUCUUAGGCUUCAAAAGAGGUUGCACAUGGAAAAGAGCCGAAAAAAACUUUGACAGGAGAAUUGUCUUAUUCAUGAGGAGAAGCUAUCAGGGGAAUUUGGAGGACAAGGUAGCAAUAAUAGGAUAAGCUAUUAUGUAAGGAUUUGCAUGGGAAAGUUAGCUGAGCUCUCCAAACAGUUACUUUGUCUUCUGGGGAUCUUCAAAGGAGAUCAAAAGACCUCUGCAAUGUUUGGUUUAAUGAGUAAAGAAAAAAGUUUCCAAAGUCUUUAGAAUCAAGUAGAGAAUUGAAGCCUGGUUCCAAUAGAUAAAACCCCACUGCAUAGAAAUACAAAUGUUUAUCUCAUCAAAUUGGCUAAACUAUUGUUACAGAUGUAGCCGACAAUCAAGUCUAUUUAUCCCCUCAGACCUACUGGCUAAACUUGGGUUGUUUUUGCAACAACAACACAAAGUGGAUUGCUUUUUUAAACCAGAGUUUGCCUCCUUGUCAAAGAAUGGGGCUGCAUGUAAAGCUAGGCAGCACAAUUUAACCUUAGGGCAAAUAAAUACUCCCCCUCCACCAGAAACCACCAAGAUUUUCUCCGUAAAUGAAGCAUGAACCGAUUUAUCCAUUUUCUAUUCUGAACAGUCCAGCUGGUCUCAACCAGACCAUAAUUUAUUCAGGGGGUCUUUCUUAAACCUUUCCACCGCUGUCUGGAGUUUGUGAAGAGUUGUAUAUUUGUCACUGUGCUCUAGGGAGUAGAAGAAUUACAUAAAUAACUUGUGAUAAUACUCUGUAAACGCUUAAAUAUUGCAUGUCGAUGCAUCUUGUUUCUCUCUGAAUUAAGUUUUUAUUUGUAAAUUGUGUAUUGUAUGAAAUCUACUAUUAUUGUACG